AGUGCGUGCCCUGGAACGGGGCAUUCGGGACCCUACAAGAAUGCAUUAUAAUAAAGUCCUGUGGGUGGCGCUUAUUGCGCUCACCUUCUUGGGGACAACGGCUGAAGCCCGUACCAGAAGAAGCAAAUUGAAAAAGCAGAGACCUCAAGCUGACACACCUGAAGGGGGCAUACAAAACCAACAACCUGAAGGUGAUGAUUAUCCAACGGAUUAUGAAUACAAUGAAUACACUGAAUACGACGACAACAGAAGACCUGGUGGAUCCAUUACAACACCACAGCCACCAGAUGAAAGACCAGACACAACAGAAAUAUAUGUUCAGCCAGAUGACGAAUUACCUACUCCAGAACCUACGGCUAACAUUGAUCUUCAUAUUAUUCCUCCCACACCAGCCCCAAGCUGUAGACAAGAUGGAAGAAUAUAUCAGGACAAAGAAAAAUGGAGAGUAGGAGAGUGCUCAAAUUGCACCUGUGUCAGGGGUAAAAUUCAAUGCAAAACCGACGAUGAAUGUCUAAGAGCCACAGCACCAGUAAUACCGCCCGCAUAUGAAACUAUUCCCAUUCCUGGAGAGCGUGGACAAACUGGCUACCCAGGUGAAGCAGGACGCCCAGGAGAGGCAGGUUUACCUGGUACCCCCGGAAAUCCCGGCAUUCCCGGCCCUCCAGGACCACCAGGACCAGCUCCUGAUUUAUCUGCUUAUUAUCAGCAAUUAGCUUUAUCGCAAGCUAGUGGCGAUAAAGGACCUUCAUUUCCGGAACCGUUCCAAUAUUUGCAGGCCCAGACUGGACCAGUUGGUGCCCGUGGGCCACCUGGCCCCCCCGGACCACCCGGCCCUCAAGGUUUUCAAGGAUCCCGUGGUGACACCGGAGAACCCGGACAGCCAGGUCCCCCAGGUCCUGUAGGACCCAGAGGACUUCCGGGACCACAAGGAAAAGAUGGACAACAUGGUGAAGACGGAGAAAUGGGUCAACCAGGGGCUGCUGGACCUCCAGGUCCUAGAGGUUUGCCAGGAAUGCCAGGUUUACCAGGUGUAAAAGGACAUAGAGGUUUCCAAGGGUUGGACGGAGCUAAGGGAGAACAAGGUGCACAGGGUGAAAAAGGAUCGCAAGGUAGUCCAGGACCAAUGGGGCCAAUUGGUCCAGUUGGACCUGCAGGACCACGAGGAGAAAGAGGCAGAGAAGGACCCCCUGGUCCCCCAGGAUUAAGAGGAUUGGAUGGAAUUGCUGGACCACCUGGAUUACCAGGAGCAAUUGGAAAACCCGGACCUCCAGGUUUUCCCGGAAGCCCCGGUGCUAAAGGAGAUCAGGGUUCUCAAGGCCCCAAAGGUAGUCAAGGAUUGCAAGGACCAAGAGGUGAAAGUGGAAGGCCCGGACAACCAGGAGAAUCUGGACCCCCUGGCCCACCAGGAAAAGAUGGAUAUCCAGGAGAAAAAGGAAACAUUGGAUCACCAGGAAUUUCGGGCCCUCCCGGUUUCCCUGGUGCUAGAGGACCACCUGGUUUGGCAGGAAGUCCUGGACAACCAGGAGCUAAAGGAAAUAUUGGCGCUCCAGGAGAACGUGGUUAUAAAGGAGAAAGUGGUAUCAAGGGAGAAGCUGGUGCCCCAGGUCCCAGAGGUUUGCCUGGUGUAGCUGGACCUGAAGGAAAACGAGGCAAGAGAGGUAUGAGGGGACCUGCUGGUGCUCAAGGACCGCAAGGAGAACGAGGAUUACCAGGUGUGACUGGAUUACCGGGUCCUGAUGGUGCUCCUGGUCCAAAGGGACAGUCUGGUGAUAGAGGUCCGGUAGGCCCAAGUGGACCAAAAGGUUCUCAAGGAGAACCUGGUAGACCGGGACAGACUGGGCUGCAAGGACUGCGAGGUCUAACCGGGCGACCAGGCCUACCAGGAAAACCCGGUGGUCCAGGAGAAAGAGGAUUACCUGGGGCUGAUGGAAAACCUGGUGAGCCCGGUCCACAAGGAUUACAAGGUCUUCCCGGUCCUAUGGGUAUUCAGGGAGACAAAGGUUUAACAGGCGAAGCAGGAAAGGAUGGAGAACCUGGUCCUCCAGGCGCACAAGGUCCUAGAGGAGAUGCCGGUAAAGAUGGACAACCUGGCCCUCAAGGACCACCUGGGCCACCGGGAUCUGAUGGAGAAAGGGGAGCACCAGGCGUAGCCGGACCUAGAGGAUUCCAAGGACUGCCAGGAGCACAAGGAAAUCCUGGUGCACCAGGAAAAGACGGUGAACCAGGUGUACAAGGCCCACCUGGUAUAGCAGGAAAUCCUGGACCUAGAGGAGAACGUGGUCUUCCUGGAGAACGUGGUCUUCAAGGAUUGACCGGUUUAACAGGAGUAAAAGGAGCAACAGGUGAACAAGGACCUGAUGGGCCACCAGGACCUCAAGGUUUGAGAGGACCUAAAGGUCACAGUGGACCACCAGGUUUAGUAGGUCUUCCUGGGCUGAGAGGACAACCUGGACCACAAGGUGAAAAAGGUGAACGAGGAUCUUACGGCCCAAUGGGUCCAGAAGGGCCACCGGGAAGGCAAGGGGAGAGGGGUCUUCAGGGGCCAAUGGGCCCUCCAGGUCCACCUGGCGAACCAGCUGAGAGAGGCGAACAAGGACCGCCAGGUUCUCCAGGAGAACCAGGAGCACCUGGAAGUCCAGGAGAACGUGGUCAAGUAGGCCCUCAAGGUCUGCAAGGUUUUCCCGGCCCACAAGGCCUUGUAGGAUUACCUGGUAUCAAAGGAGAACGGGGAUUAACUGGAAUGAAAGGUCAACAAGGAAAUCCAGGAGCAAUUGGCCGACCAGGUCCUCAAGGACCUCAAGGCCCUAUCGGUCUUACUGGAGCUAAAGGCGCCAGAGGUGAAGCUGGACCUAGAGGUGAUGCUGGAUUAAUGGGUCCACCGGGAAGGCCAGGAGAACCAGGAGUUGCGGGACAACCUGGAAGUACCGGACUACCAGGUCCGCAAGGUUUACCAGGAAUUAAGGGGGCGCAAGGAGAUACUGGCAGAGUAGGAUUACCAGGUCCUCAAGGACAUCCAGGAUUACCUGGACCUGAAGGUGCAAAAGGUGAACGCGGUUCUGAAGGAUCACCGGGACCUAUUGGUCAACCCGGCCCAAUUGGACCACCUGGUGAUAGAGGAUUACCUGGUUUGCCUGGCCCACCAGGACCAACUGGACUUAGAGGAUUGAGAGGAGCUGUCGGAGAGACUGGAGCUCCAGGAAAACCAGGACCUGAAGGAAAGGCAGGUCCACCUGGAUUUACCGGUCCUCCAGGACCACCAGGCCCGAGUGGUGAUCAAGGACCAGAAGGACCUUCUGGAAAACCUGGACCACCAGGUAUUUCAGGAAGACCAGGAGAUAAAGGACCUCAGGGAUCCCCAGGUCAACCAGGAAAUCCGGGAACUCCAGGAUUACCGGGACCACCAGGACCAAUUGGACCAGUAGGAAUGACUGGAGAACGUGGACCUAGGGGUGAACCUGGACCACAAGGUGUUAUAGGAGUGCCUGGAGAACGCGGUAAACAAGGUAUCCAAGGUUUGGAAGGAGCUAAAGGAGAACGUGGAGCUGAAGGAAUGAAGGGUUCCAAGGGACAUCGUGGUUUAAUGGGAUUACAAGGUUUGCCUGGUAUCCAGGGUCCUCCUGGCGAGAAAGGACCAAUGGGAUUCCAAGGAUUACCUGGCAAAGAUGGAGAGCCAGGGCCAAGAGGACCACCUGGAAGAGAUGGAAGUCCAGGACCUCAGGGUAUUCAGGGUAAUCCAGGACCACGCGGAGAGACAGGAAACGAUGGACAUUCUGGACCACCUGGACCUCCAGGACCUCCUGGCCCUCCUGGACCACCUGGAGAUGGACUUGGUUAUGACGCUGCUAGUUUGGCUGCUUUAUUAUCUCACAGUCAAAUUAACAACCAAAAGGGACCUGAUUCUUUGGGAGAUCAACCUGCUAGAAUCUUUGGAAAGGAACUUACCGAAGAAGAAACUAGAGAAAUUGUACUUAAGGCUUACGAGCAACUGAAAACAAGCUUUGAAAAGUUCAAAAAACCAAAUGGUGAAAAGAAAACACCAGGAAAGACCUGUAGAGAUAUUCUUGCUGCUUAUCCAGAAUCUCAGAGCGGUCAAUACUGGGUAGAUCCAAAUGAAGGAGAUCCCAGGGAUGCCAUCUUGGUACAUUGUGACAUGGAAAAGAAAGCAACUUGUAUUAUGCCAAAACCAACUAGAUCUGAAGAAAUCACAUACAUGGGUCACGAUCAGGAAAUAUGGUUAGGAGAAAUCGAUAAAGGAGUUAAGAUCAAUUACAAAGCAGACAGCACUCAAAUUGGAUUCCUUCAUUUGUUGUCUUCAAAGGCCCAACAAAAUGUUACAUACCACUGCAGAAAUUCUGUAGCUUACUUUGAUGUUACGAAACACACUUUCAGAAGAGGUUUGAAAUUGAUGAGUUGGAAUGAUAUUGAAAUAACCCCUAAAGGAAAUAAACUUAGAUACGAAGCUAUUACUGAUGAUUGCAAGUAUCGUCAAGGAACGUGGGCUGAAUCAAUCUUAACCUACAUCACCGAUAAGCCUCAAAGAUUGCCCAUCACUGAUAUUGCUGUAAGAGACUUCAGUGAUCCUAACCAUGCCUUCUGGGUGGAAAUAGGACCUGUGUGCUUCUAUUAGCUAAAUUUCUUAUUAGCUAAGAAACAUUACACUGCCAAUGUACAUGUGAAAGAAAGUUUAUAUGUGUGUAAUAUAAAAUAUGAUACAUUCUCUGUUAUAAGAUUUUUAUAUGGUGCUAUAAUAAUAAGUGUAAAAUAAAUUAAUCUUAAGUACUUAUAAGAA